CUCAUAUUCCAAGAUGGCGGCAGAAGAGGUGUCUUAUGUUAAUCUUUUCGUUGACGCGUGCUUUCAACUCUGCCACUCGUUUUUCGUAGUUUCAAAAGUAGUCUAAAAAUCCAUAUCUUCUUUUUUAUUAGUUAAUAGCUAGGGAUUUGCCGGAUGUCAUAUCUACUAUGAGAGAGAUGGGGGAGAAGGUGAGAGAGAAAUGCUUCGGUUAACAGCAGACUCAGCGCGCGGCAUGCCAGACAGAUUUAUUUUGGUCGAUGAAAGUUAUAGGAUUCGCUUCUUUAAUCCUAAAAAUGUCAAUGUGCAUCCUUUGCGUUGCUUGAGAACAGAACGCUGCAGUCGGUGCGUAAUAUUUGCUGGCCAUAAAGCUGUUGGUCCAUGAACUUCGUUCAAGUGAGCAAAGUACCGCUCAUAUCCUCAGCCUCUUCCUUCUGCAGUACGUACUGUUUGGUCAAAUGUUUGGAGAUUUUCCGUGAAAGAGAAAUGUCUAUUGCGGAUUCCAGAUUUUAACUCAAAAAUAAUGGUUCACUUAUUCAUUAUUUUAUUUCGUAUCAGCCGCAUUUAAGCUUAUUGAUUAAUUUAUGGGAAUUUGGAAAAAUAUCUAAAGUAAGUUAGUGAUGGCGCAUGAACCAUGUGUUUAAACGGGAACAGUAUCUUGCGAAUGCCUAGCAAAAGCCAGCUAUACAAUCAAAAAUAGACUUUUUUCGUUUUUCAUAUACCUUGGUACACUACUGAUUUCCAUCGACUGAAUACCAGGCCUUUUUUUUUAUAUGUGAAUCACAUAUUAUCUAUAACUGAUUGUAUAGUUUAAAUCACUCCAAAUGUCAGUUCAAAAUGAUUCUCUUGUUUUUUUAUUAAUUACAAUAAUAUUGUUAAAGGUGUCUGACAUUGAUCAGCAUGUGGAGAAAUUGAUGGAAAAAAUCACAAGUGGCUCUUUACUCACUAAAAAGGUUUGUAGUUCAGUUGAGUUGCAAAAGCUGACUUUGUAAGCAAUGGAAAAGAGUCAUUUGCUUUGAUGUUAAUAAUAAUAAUAAUAAUAGUAAUAAUUAUCCUCUCACCUUAUGGUGCUUUUCACGGAUAAAGAACAAAUAAUUUAAAUGGAAAAUAACAUGAUUAAAUACUGUAAAAUUCCGAAAAAUAAGCACCUCUGAAUAUAAGCCCCCCAAACUCGUAACGCAAUAAACCCUCCGUUAAAUCGCCCCUCCAAAUAGAAGCCCCCCGGGGGCUUGUACUUGGAAAUUGCCCUCAAAUACAAAGUAAAACAAAGCGAAAACGGUAAAAUUCCUUCCAACCAUAAGGCUAGCCCAAUCGAUUUUGAAACGCAAAUUUCCCUCUAUAGAUAAGCCCCUCUGAAUAUAAGCCCCUCCAAAAAUAAGCCCCUCAAAAAGGGCCUUUGAAAAACAUAAGUCCCGGGGCUUAUUUUCGGAAUUUUACAGUCUCCGAACUGGUAGAAGGCAAACCAGUGGCCUAUGUUCCAAGCGUGGCCAAGGAUUCGAACUCAGGACUACCGAGAGCAAAUCCAGCCAGCAGUCAGAGCAGGACUUGAACUCCAGGCCACCGUGUUACAAGUACAGCGCUCUAACCACUCGACCAUGCUGCUUAAGAACCCUUUUAAAUAAAAUAUUGAUGAAAUCAUGCAUUAAUAUUGACUUAUAUGUCUGGUUAUCAUUAAAUAACUAACUAAAUAAAUAAAUAAAUUGUUUUAUGUGGAUUUACUUUGAGUGACUGAUUGCUUGUUUUUUUUUUAGGGUGUGAGUUUUUUGGAAGUAAAGUUUCAUCUUCUUUUAAGGUUAGUCUACAUGUAGAUGCAUCAAAUAAGUCAUUGUUCUCUAAUGAAUUUAACAUACAACCUGUUGGUACAAUGUUUUAAUUACUGAUAUAUAUAACUGUCAUGACAGAUAAAAAAGAAAGAACAUUGAAAUUGUGUCAUUGAUUCUUUGAAAUCAUAGUCAUUAUUUUGUUGUUAUUUGUUGUCCUGCAACUUUUUUUUAAAGAGCCUCUGAUCAACUUGAUAACCAAUGAUAGCUGUCUUUAUUUAAUAUAAUAACCUGCUUAGAAUGAUCAUUUCUGUUGUUUUCUUGCAGUUAUGUGAUUGAUCUUACCUAUUACCUGCUAACUAAAACAGAUGGUAAAUCAUGGCAGGGAGAUCCAGCUGUUGAAAGACUUGUUGAAGCUCGCACUGUGAGUAAAAUUUUUGGUUUUUAGUAUCGGUACAUCCUUCAUCAGAACACUUGUUGCUUAUUGAAGUUUGGUUUCAUUACAAUUUGACUUGAUACUGUAAUCCAUCACUAAAAUACUUCAACGUAAUGGAUUUUCUUGGGCUCAUUUUAAUGCCUUAAAUGUCCAUAGAGUAGCCAUUUAAUUUUUUCAUUGUUCUUAUUGAAAUAAUGUUGUGGCUUUGACUAAGUUUCUUUUGCAUACAUGUAAUCUGUCAUUGGAGCUUUUAUAACACACAAGCUUCAAAACAAUAAUAGUCAACAACUAAACUUGAACUUUCUUCUUGAUGUACCAGUUUUAAUAUUUUUUUAUUAGAUAAGAUAAGAUAAGAACUUUAUUUUAGCACGAUAAAAAGAUCAGCAUUGCUGGUGGGGUCGUGCAUACUAACAAUUACAAGAAAAAUAAGAAGUACGAUUAAAAACUAAAAACUGUUAAAAAUGUUUGAAAUAGGUCGUGAAAAUGUACAAUUAAAAAUUAAAACUGUUAAAAGUAUUCGUAACCGAUAUCUCUAUUUUUGGUAGUAGCUAAGAUUGGUUCGAAAUGCAUUUUAUCGGUAUCAAAUUUUACGAGACAGCGUUUAAAUUCUUUCAAGGUUUUGGCCCCUGUUUCCUUGUUCGUUAAAGUGUUCCAUGCGAUUGCUCCUCUAAAGCGUAUGGAGUUCCUGAUAAAAUUUGUUUCUGGUCUUGGAAGAAUGAUGUUCUCAUUUCUUCUGCAGCCUGAAUUCCUCUGUAAAAACAAAAAAGUGAUGACCCAAAAUGCACAGAUUUAUUACCAGUAUAAUAUUUGAUUUCCACUGAGAAUUCCCUAAUAAAUUAUUUGUCUCUGUCAUAGGUUCUAGAGAAAAUGAGACCCAUUGACCAGAAAAUGAAAUAUCAGAUUGACAAAAUGAUUAAAGCUGCUACAACUGGGAUAGUAGGUAAGGAAUAAUGCCUGUUGUUAUUUUUUAUUUGUUUUUUGGAAUGUAAUUACUAUGUGUGACCAAGUGGUCAAAGGCUUGAUCUGACUGUGUGUUUUGGACAGUGUGUAUUGUUUGCUAAAAACACAAAUCUUGUUCAGUCGAACCUCCCCAAAGUGAUGACCCAAAAUGCACAGAUUUUAAGUAGUCGCUUACAAGAUUUGAAUCACAGGUGUCUCUUCUGAGUAGAAGUCUUGACACAGCUACCUUUUGGUAGUGAAUUUAUUGCAUGCAAGGUAUGACAUGAGUUUUCCAUAUUAACCGAUAAAUAAUUUCUUUGUAUACUCUAAGUAGUGUGUCGUGCUACAUGUGGUGGGCAUAAAAAUCAAACCAUGCAUCGAGCAGCUGCUUACAAAAGGUCAUAAGACAACAGAAGGUGAUAAACUGUCACCCGCAAAAGUGGUCAUGUUUGCUUAUACAAGAGGCAGUCAUUUACAAGAGGUCCCCAAGUAUAAGGUUUUCAUUGGGGGAAGCUGGUUUGGUGUAUUGGACAGCAUCUGGUUGUUCAUGGAUGUCUUUUAGAUUACAUGCUUUCAAAUAAAUUUUGCUCGAUAGCUCUAAAACUGUUGUAACUUUAGGGUGCAUCUUAAAAUAGACCACCUUCCCAUCUUCGGGCAAAAAAGUAAUAUCUUCAAUGGUAACAUUUUGUAUAAUGAUCAUAACAGUUUUAAAAUUUCUUGUAAGUGACAUUACCCUGUCCCCCAGAGACAUCUAACUUGCACCAAGAUUAUCGCAAGUUGAAACACAAAGUUGGUUAUGGUUAAGUUUGGGUGUUUAAUGCGUUUUCUCCUUUAAUAGGUGGUGAAAAUGAUCCCUUGAGAUUUAAACCAAAUCCUGAUAAUAUGGCAACCAAGGUUUGUUUUAUUUUUUCUUUGUGCAUCCAAGCAAAAAAACACAUUUUUCACUUUACUCGUCCAUGAGAUAAACCCACAGUUUGGGGAUGUCUGAACACAUUGUUUAUUUUCCUGUAAAAAUAACUUGUUUGGCCUUUAAAGAAAGAUUUUUUUUCCAUGCCAUCAUUCACUCAAAAUGAAGGCAGCUUGUGAAGAAAGUCAAAAUAAAUUGUCUUUUUCAUGUUGUAAAUUGGAAGUGUGUAGGCAAAGAUCACUGGAUUUAAUUAUUGGGCUAGGGUUUGACACAAUUGCUCCAUAACAUUGCUCCAUAGAUGUUGUCGUAACUUAAUUAAUUGUCUAAUUUUAAUGUUGUAAUGUCUUUGUUUUUGUGUUUGGUCAGGGCUCCAUUUAAACUAGCUCUGCUAAAUUGGAUGCCCCUGGAUAAAUAUUGAAUUAAAAAAAAAAAAAAAAAAACAGGUUUAAUAUUUUCAUGUAAAUCCUUAUAUACAUAUUUUUGUUUUGGUUACACUUUUGUACUGUAUUAAUUAAAUGUAACAAUACAUUAAUAUUAUUGACAACUGCUAUGUGGAUAUUCCACUUUUAGCUGGAUGACCAGGACUCUGAAAGCAGUGAUGAAGAAGAUGGUCAGAAAAAAUCCAAAGUCUAUGUGCCUCCAAAAGUGGCUGCAGUUCCUUAUGGUAAGCUUCUUUAUAUUCACAGACUUUUUUCUUGUUUCGUUGCUUUCCUUUUUUGUAUAGAAGAAAAAUAAUUUUUGAAGGGCUUGUGUGGGCACAAAAAAAGAUUUUUCCUCACUAUUCAAUUUUUUCAACUAUUUUGACACUCAAAAAAAGCAAAGUGGCUAUGGAUAAAUUUGGUUCUGUAAAAUUAUUUUUGGAGCAAAUGGCUCAAUGAACGAGGGAUCUAACAAAGGAAAGAGUAACAUAUGUAGCCUGUAACCACAGAAAUUGUGUCACUUUGAAUCACCUGGUUAAGGCUUAUCACUGCCUUCCCUACUCCAGCCUUGAACAAAUGAAUCCGCUUAUGGUUUUCGUAGAUAGUGAGUGUUCUUUAUAAUAUUAAUUUUUGCUGGAUUCUUUGCAGAUGAAGACGGUGAUAAGAAAACGAGAAAAGAGAAAGAUGAAGAAAGAUCUAGAAAAAGAGUUUUAGCGAGCUCACUUUUGCAGGAUUUAAGAGGUAAAUGCAGACCGUGACCCACAGGUUUUCUUUUCUCGUUUCUUUCAUAUUACACUUUUGAUUUGUUAAACAGUGUGUGAGAUUUUUUCACUCAAUCACAACUGAUGCAUUUUAGUACUACUAAAACUUCAAAACCAGUCGAACUCUAUAUCUUCACUAAAUCCUGUUCCUGGUUAAGAGCAGCCUGUUAUCCUUGUUUUAUUUUUGUUUGUGUCUUGUGUAUGUGUUUUUGUUUAUGUGUACCAAAUGCUAACUUUUUUUUUUCUCUGUAGAUGAAUACAGUGAGGGACCUCAAGAAAUCCGGGUAUGAUAUAUUUCUGUUAUUGUUGGGAACGUUAGUCCAUUUUCAUUCCCGAUAAACUCGUUUAAGCUUACAUUGCAUGCAACUUGUGUGGAUGUUUUUUAGGAUGAAACUGUGUCGCGGUGGAGAAAACAAAAAGACAAGGAAGAAGAAGAGGAAAGAACAAGGUAUCCUUCUCUUGCUGCGUACAUCUGCCAAUCAUAUUUUGUUUGUUUGUUUGUUUCCCUCAGACAAGAUGAACAUAAAGCAUACAAGUCAAGGCACCACCUUCGAUUAAUUUUCAUGGCGUUAAUGCAUCUUAAAAUUGCCUCGAAGGAUUCUGCUAGAUUUUUUUUUGAUAAUUCUAAUUUACUUUUGUAAUUAUUUUUAUUAUUAAUUAUUUAAUCCUGUCCAGGUAUGAAGAGGACAAUUUACUUCGUCUCCCUGCCAAGAGGAAGAAAAAGGUUUGUUGCUCUAAUUGAUUCGCCCAUAUCGUUACAUUCUCGUGCCGUAGUUGUUCAAAGUAACCAUCUCUAUAUUGGUAACAUGCUAUUGACUGUGCUCAGGCUUACUCAUUGGGGAGAUGCUUGGUGGUCCCUUCGUUCUAUCCUUAUUCUUCAAGGGCAUUUUACGGGGAGUUGAAAUAUGCCUUCCUUUGCACAAAUUCAGCACGUUUGUGUUUUGAACGAGCACUUGUGCUCUUAGACGAUAACGUGGGGAAAUAAAUUAUUGUUGUUGUUGGUCAAAGGGUCAUUACAUUGCAUAACCAUCAACUUUUCACAACAUCUCACUACAGGAAACUUCAUAUAUUAAGCAACAAACUUUGAAAGAACGCGAAAUCCGUUUUAUCAGUUACGUAUUCACUGCCGGCAUUACUAGCCUGGUGUCGUGAGUCAGUCCUCAUUGUUAAUGGAUAGCUGUCGAUGGGGAUGAGCUUGUUUGUUUACUAUACUUGUUUGGUUACUUUCCCAGAUGAUCGAGCGUGCUGAAACAGGCCUGGACGAUUUGACGUCAUUCGCUAACUUAUCGGCUUUAGACACGAGAGAAGCGGUAAGCAUUAGUUACAGUCAUAUUACAGUUUCAAAGUUUCAUUGCAUGGCAAAACUGCUUGUAGAGUGAACCUUCUCUAAGACGGACAUCUUUUGGGACCAGUACCAAGUGUCUGUCUAAGUGUGAUGUCCGUCUUCUAGAGAGUCAGAUACAGGGAUUAAAGAAUGGCAGGGACCAACUCUAGGCUUUCGUUUUAUUGAGGUGUCUGGCCAUUAAAAGAAAGUCGAAUGUAUUACACUGCGUUAUUAUUUCAGCUAGAAAAUGUCAUUUGUUAGGCUUUGUCGUCUUUUCCACAUAUGUAUCACGAGGCUGCUUUGAUUUACGUAUGUUUUAUAUGUUUAUAUUAUCCAGAAUGGCGAUUACUCGGAAAGGCCCAGGUUAGUUUGUUAUUGACUUUGUAAAAUUUCUAGUCGCCGUAAUACUAUACUUUGUUUUCAUGGAACACACAGCCUCUUCCAGGCGUUCAGGGUGUGAAGUGCGGCCUUAAAUCGAGCGGGAAAUGAGGAAGAGAGGGGGAGGGAGAGAGUAAAAACAGUAGUGGGUGGGGUAGGGAGUGAGAGCGAAGGAACCACCCACCCUACCCCUGCGUUUUUUUUUGUGCUCACGUCUCUUUGCGCCGUCCCACAAUCUGAACACCUGGAACAGGCUAUGGAACAUAAAACUGUCACAAUAUACUUACAUCUCUUUUAUCUUCGCAGAAACGACACUCGGAAAUCAAAAUCUAAGGUACGUUAUUACUUGGCUUGACACUAGAGCUUUCAAGUAUAAUGUAAGUGUACUUGUAACCUGCCUUGAGUGUGAAGGGGUAAAAUGUACCUACUUCAACUUUACUUGGUGACAAUGGAAACGUUCGUUGUUCAAAAAUGUCGACAUUCGCCGCCAAGUAUGGUCUACACCACACUUGAGAACACACUUGACCAAUAGGAAUUGGAAGCCGUCUGAAAGCGAUCUGUGCACGAUGUGCACGAUGUACACGUGCAGCUGUUCCAAGAUUCUAAAUGAACGGACAGAUAAACAUCCAUGUCUUUGUUAAGAGCACUGCGAAAGAGGCCAGGCCCAAGCCCUACGGCGAUUUGGCAUUAACGUUGCGAAAAUGUCAAUAAUUUCAGCACAGAAAUCUUGAACUUGCGUUAUCAAUGUGUUACGCGUUUGUUUGUUUUGUCAUCGCAUGGUGUAAUUGAAUAGUUCCGCUGUUUUUUUUUUUUUUUCAGUGGAAGAAAAAGUUUGGGAGCGCAAAAAAGAAGAAAGGUAACUUAUGUCAAGUCAAGUCUAGUUUUUAA